AUGGGGGGCUGGACCAGCUUCUUGUUCACCUAUCUCCUGGGAGGCUUGACCUUCAUCCCUCUGGUCAUCGUCGCCGUCCUUGCGCACGCAUACUUCACCCUUCCCUACCGACAGGAUGCAGACACGAGUCUCGAGGAUGACGGCGGUCAAGACUCUAUUGUGCAGCCGGGAGACGAUGUCAAGGCCCUCGAGGCUGCGAAGGCUGUCGAUAAGGACGACUCCGCGAAGCGACCUGCGACUCAGGAUAACGACGUAGCGGCGGGGUACUUUGCCGUGUGUCGCGAGUACACGCCCAUGGGGAUCAACGCGAAGCCUAUCGAGCGAGCCACACCCACCGGGUCUGCCACUGUCGCCGCGCCGAGCCAGAGUGUCUACCAGACUAUGUAUCGAAGCAUUUUCGAGCGGAAGCCGACGCCAGGACCUCUGGACAAUAAAAAUGGCCUGAGCCAGCGUCCCAAGAAUGCUGGCAACGUCUUCUAUGUCGUCUUGAGACAUGGGCACCUGAUGCUCUUUGACGAUGACGAGCAGAUCGAGGUGCGACACGUUAUUUCGCUUGCGCACCACGAUGUCAGUAUAUACUCGGGAGGAGACGUGACACCAGAGGGCGAGCUGUAUAUCAAAAGAAAUGCGCUGUGUCUUUCCAGGAGGCCGGAUGGCCCGGAGGUUGGCCCCGACAGUCAGCUCUCCAAGCCGUUCUAUCUUUUCUCGGAGAACUGCUCAGCCAAGGAGGACUUUUACUUUGCUCUGCUUCGCAAUCAGGAGCAGACCUUCGGAGCCGAGCGGAAAGCGCCUAAACCGAAGCAGUUUGAGGUUAAGAACAUCAUAUCGCUUGUGCAGAAGCUGCACUCGUCAGAGGAGCACCUGUCCACGCGAUGGCUGAAUGCCAUGAUCGGCCGAAUAUUCCUUGGUCUUCACAAAACAGCAGACCUGGAACACUUGAUCCGAGAGAAGCUCACUAAGAAGAUCGCCCGAGUCAAGCGGCCGUCCUUUCUCACCAACAUUGCGAUCCGCGGGAUUGACACUGGUGAAUCAGCUCCCAUCAUCACGAAUCCCCGCCAUAAGGACCUGAAUGUAGAGGGAGAGUGCGUGAUGGAGGCCGAUGUGCGAUACACGGGGAACUUCCGGAUUGAGGUUGCAGCAACGGCCCGCAUCGACCUUGGAUCGCGCUUCAAGGUUCGCGAGGUCGACCUCGUUCUCGCAGUCGUCUUGAAAAAGUUGGAGGGACACAUGCUUUUCAAGAUCAAACCGCCGCCGAGCAACCGAAUCUGGCUCUCUUUCCAGAGUCAGCCGAAGAUGGAAAUGACCAUUGAGCCUAUCGUCAGCGCUAGGCAGAUUACAUACACUAUUAUUUUGCGACAAAUCGAGAACAGGAUCAAGGAGGUCAUUGCCGAGACGUUGGUGCAGCCGUUCUGGGACGAUAUGCCCUUCUUCAACACGGAGCACAAGAAGUGGCGUGGUGGAAUCUGGGAGGAUGACGAUGCCGUUAUUGGCUCGCCUACUCUAGAGGCUCACGUCGCACAAGAGGGAGACGUUGAGGGAGUCGACCGCUUGGACGACACAGGAGACUUGCAGAGCGAUCUGAGACCAAGCGACAUGAGACCAUUCGAGAAGAGUCACAGCAUGCCCAUCGUCGAGAAUACACCGCCAACUGGCUUGUUCGGCAGGAAGAUCCAGGGCAAAGGACUCAACAGCCCCUUGAACGGAUCUUCUACCAGCGUCGACGCCGUGGGGUCGCCGCCGUCGCCAGCAUCGAAACCUAGGCCGUUUAGAUCGCCGUCGGUGUCAAGCCCUGCAAAUCCUGUUGUUGGGACCGACGCUGCUCAUGCAGACAUGUUCAAGCCGUCAUCAUCUCCGCCUGAUCAUGCGUCAAAUCUGAUGGCGGCGUUGUCCGCAAAAUCUCAGGCCAAUUCCCCCGCGGUAACACCUGCCGAGACACCUGCAAGGCCGGCAUCCGUCGCAAAGGCACCGAGCCAGUCUUCUGCUUCGUCCCGUGAGGCGACGGACAACGAAAACGAGGCCGACCGGACACCCGUGGGCAAGAUACGGCGAAGUACGACGUCGUCUGCCGAGUCGAUGCGGGCGAAUGAGACGACAGAUCCGGGUUCACCAAACCCCUCCUCACGGGCGCCGUCGAUCAAGAGCGCCACGGGCUCCAUCUCAAAGGGAUUAUUCAGGCGUGAAAACACGGGAAGCACCAUCUCGGGCUCGGGCGCGUCGACAAAUGGCGAGACCAAACGCACCACCCUCGCCGCCGUCGCAAACGCGGCCGUCACGGCGAGACAAUGGGGAUGGAACGCUCUCCAAAAGCACAAAGAUACAAGGAACGGGAACUCGGCCGAGCAGAAUCCGCCAGUGGACUUGAACCGGCCUAUGGGACGUGGACAACCGCUGCCGCCGCCCGGCACACCGCUCCCUCCUCCUGUGAAGGGCUCGAAAGUGACGACGAUACCCGUGCCCAAGCGGAAGCCCAUCCCUCCUCCAAGUUUGCCAGAGCGUCCGCAUUCCGCAGCUCUUGCAGAUAGCAAGCCAGAACGCAAGCCUAUCCCGCCGCCGCUGGUGGAAAGCAAGUCGGAUCGGUCGGAGCGCAGGCCAGUCCCUCCGCCGCCCUUGCCCUCACGCCGGCACAUCGACAAAGAUGACAAUGAUGCCGGCGAGAACAUGCUAGUCGUCGAAGCCCCUCUCGACUCGGAACCGACGACCCCAAUGGACGAGAACAUUCCCCAGCCAGCAUACGUACAACCGUGGGCCGAGGACACAGACGACUACGAAGAGCCCCCCUCGAUAGGCCCAUCCCGCGAGAGCAGUAGCUCCUCAACUACCAGCGAAGGAGCCAGCCGCACCCCUCCGCCACUACCUGAAAGACGUGCCAGCCCCAUCCAGACGAUGCCGGCCACCGUAGGCGACGAAGACGAUGAUUACUCCGCGUGGAUGGAAGAUGACGACGCGACCACCACCACCAACGAUACAUACGAGGACGAGAACAAGAACCCCGAGUAUCACGGUCUCGGCGGACGGAACUAA